CUCUACUGUGUAAACGAGCAAUAAAACAUGCUGGCGUGGAGAUAGGAACGGAAAGUACAGCCUCAUUUCCAGAAGAGUGUAGCUUAGGUUAGGAACUACAUAAAAAAGUCAAAACCCGACCGAAAACAAAAGUACUAUAAUCUGACAGAAGAGAAAAAGAAAGCACACAGAGAACCAAAAAUAGAGAGGGCAUGGGCACCCUCUGGUUAUGGCUCUUCUCCUUCUUCUUCAUUCUUGGUCUUCUUUGCACCAUCGGUUUCCAGCUUAUUUGCUUGGUGGACCUAGAGUCUGACUAUAUCAACCCAUAUGAUUCAGCAUCUCGGAUAAACAGCUCGGUUUUGCCGGAGUUUAUUGCUCAAGGACUCUUAAGCCUCUUCUUUCUCCUAACAGGAAAUUGGGUUAUGUUUUUGUCAUCUCUCCCAUACCUAUGUUAUAAUGUGAGAUUGUACAUGAAGCAACAGCACUUGGUUGACGUAACUGAGAUCUAUAACCAGCUGAGAUGGGAGAAAAAGCUGCGCUUUUUAAAGCUUGCCUACCUUCUAUUCCUAUUCUUCGUUUCUCUGUUCUGGAUGAUUUGGAGUAUUGCAGAUGAACCUGAAUAAUCUGGAAUAAUUGCAUCUGACAAGCAUGCUGCUGUACUUUCGAUGGAUUACACUUGCCAAAAAGAAAAAGGAAAAAAAGGGGGGGAAGUUAGAUACAGUUUUUGAGUAUUAAUUUUCGGGAAGUCUGUAAAUUUGGCUGGAAUUCGGCAACUUGUGUCAUUGGUAGUGCCGUUGAUGCUCCACUUUUAUGCAUUGCAGGCAUUCUUUUUAUUGAUGUAUUAAGUUUUACAUUGAUACGAGGCAUGAAGUAACAAAAGUUAUGGAGGUCGCCCAUUGUGCUUUUCCAAGUGAUACAUGCAACAGUUAAAUAGAAAUGAUGAUCUUUUAAUUUGUUAGCAUAA